CAUUUCCUCCCGACUCCCUCUUUUUCCACCGUGUGGCCAGAUUUCCAUACGGCGUUGUUUCGUGCUCUCCCAUCUUAGUCGUAACGCAGGGAAAGCGGUCACGAUGUCCGGAGGUCUGGAUGUCCUUCAGAUGAAGGAGGAAGAUGUGCUGAAGUUCCUGGCUGCAGGAACCCAUCUUGGAGGCACCAACAUGGACUUCCAGAUGGAGCAGUACGUCUACAAAAGAAAAAGUGAUGGUGUGUACAUCAUCAAUCUGAGGAAGACCUGGGAGAAGCUGCUGCUGGCAGCCAGGGCAAUUGUUGCUAUUGAAAACCCAGCUGAUGUCUGUGUCAUCUCCUCCAGGAACACUGGACAGAGAGCUGUGCUGAAGUUCGCCUCUGCCACCGGUGCCACCACCUUCCACGGUCGUUUCACCCCUGGAACGUUCACCAACCAGAUCCAGGCAGCUUUCAGGGAGCCCCGCCUUCUGAUUGUGACGGACCCCCGUGCCGACCACCAGCCACUGACUGAGGCCUCCUACGUCAACAUCCCCACCAUUGCUCUGUGCAAUACUGACUCCCCACUCAGAUACGUGGACAUUGCCAUCCCCUGUAAUAACAAGGGUCAUCACUCUGUGGGUCUGAUGUGGUGGAUGCUGGCCAGAGAGGUUCUGAGAAUGAGAGGCACAAUCUCCAGGGAGCACCCAUGGGAGGUCAUGCCAGAUCUUUACUUCUACAGGGAUCCUGAAGAGAUUGAGAAGGAGGAGCAGGCUGCAGCUGAGAAGGCUGUUGGCAAGGAGGAAUUCCAGGGCGAGUGGACCGCUCCUGCAGCUGAGUUUGCCCAGACUGAGGUGGCUGAUUGGUCUGAGGGUGUGGCUGUGCCAUCUGUGCCCAUCCAGCAGUUCCCUGCAUCCGCUGCUCCUGUCAAGCCAGCUGGAGGUGAGGUAUACUCGGAGGACUGGAGCACCCAGCCUGCCACUGAGGAUUGGUCCAGUGCCCCCACUGCCCAGGCUUCUGACUGGGGUGGAGCCACUGCUGAUUGGUCUUAAAUCACCAACCUCAACAACAAUAAAACAGCUGUUUUUUUACAGAC